AUGAAAAACUGAAAUAGUUUGAGUAGAUCCAGAUUGUUUGAGCCCAAUCUAAGUUGAUUUAUCGAAAACGUAGCAUCUUGAAAAAGAAUUCAAAAUCUUGCAAACUUCGAAGUCGCCUGGAAACAAAAAAGACCCUCCAAAUUCCAGUGCUUUUUGUGGUUAUAUCAGUAGGGCUCUAAGGGAUGAUAGCAGGGCUUUGACGAUAGGGCUCUGUUGAUAGGGCUCUAAAAGCCCUAAGACAAAACAGGGACGUCUUUUUGUUUCCUUCCUUCUUUGGUUUUGGGUCACCAGAAGCAUUUCCAACAGAUUGUUGAGGAAGUUAAGAGCAAAGUCGAGAAAGAGUGCUUAUAGCAAGAAUCAAAGAUACAGAAUAGUGUGCUUGAACGAUGUUGAUAACCGUUAAGACAUUGACCGGAAAAGAAAUCAAAAUUAGAGUUGAACCAACUGAGUCGGUGGUUACUGUUAAGGAGUAUAUCGAAGAAAAAGAAGGUAUUUCUCCAUCCCAACAACGUUUGAUUUACGAAGGCAGAAAACUUGAUGAUAACAAGUCCCUAGAGGAGUGCAAUGUUAGAGAGGGUGCCUGUCUCCAUCUCGUCUUGACUUUACGUGGUGGUUGCUGAUUCUGCUGCUGGUGGUUCUUUUGGUAGAAACAACUCUUUCUUCUUUUUGGAAGGAGAACUGUGAUCACGUGGGCUAUUUUCUGUUUUCACUCCAUACUUUUUGUAGUUUCAUGUGAGAAACAUCAUUUGCAAUUUUUUCAUCUAAGUAUUAUUUUCGUUUUAUUUUCAAACUAUUAUCUAAUAAAUAAUUGAGCUAUUGUUUUCUUUGAGACAUGGCCAAGUCCAGGUAUGCAUUG